ACUUACUUUCAAAUCUUAAGAAUUUUCUCAAAUUAACCAGAAAUCUUAUCUUACUUACACAAAAAAAACCCCGAAUUAAAUCCUUUUUAUACAAUAUAUCUCCAUCCACACAAAAAAAAAAAAAAAAAUCAAAUAAUUUGUUGUUACAGGGUGUGAUAAUCUUGUGUAUGGGUUUUGAUUCCGUGCUGCCGGCGCCGGUAAGUAAAGAAAGUAAUUAUCCAAUUACCGGCGGUAAUAAUAAUAAUUCGGUGUUAGAAGAAGAAGAAGAAAGCAAUUAUUACAGUAGUAAUAAGGGGAAGAUACGGAAGCCUUAUACAAUUACUAAAUCCAGACAGAAUUGGACUGAUGUUGAACACGACAAAUUUCUUGAAGCCCUUCACCUCUUUGAUCGUGAUUGGAAGAAAAUCGAAGCUUUUGUUGCUUCCAAGACUGCUAUACAGAUACGCAGCCAUGCCCAGAAGUACUUUCUGAAAGUCCAAAAGAAUGGGGCAAAUGAACACGUCCCACCCCCUCGCCCGAAGAAGAAAGCAGCUCAUCCGUACCCUCUCAAGGCCCCAAAACAAGAUGUAUGUAAAGUAGGAGGAACCCAACACCCAGCUGCUGAUAUAAUAAAGAAUGAAGACAUCAUCAUGAAAGAUGCAUCUCUAUGGCCAACACAAGAUGAUGUCAUCAGUAGCAGCAUUGAUAGUGGUACAGGGAUAUGGCCGUCUGGUGAAACAAAUGACAAAAAUGAAGUAAAGCAGAGGAUGUUUGGGAGAGUCAUACCGGACUUCCCAAAAGUCUACAGAUUCAUUGGUGGGAUCUUUGACCCUAAUGAAAGCAAUCACAUGCAGAAGUUGAAGAUGAUGGAUCCAGUGGAUGUUGAGACGGUGGUUUUGUUGAUGAGAAAUCUCUGUGCUAAUUUGAAAAGCCCCCAGUUUGAGGACUAUGCAAAAGAGAUAAUUUCUUCAUAUGAUCCGGGUACUGGGAAAGUUGCAUCAAAUAGCUCAUUUGGUGGUCUCGACGCACUGCCCGGGGACGCAAUUCUGUCUUCAUAGAGCUUUCGAAGGUCGUAUCCAUCGUUUUUUGAACAGCAGGUAGGGUGUACAAAAGCUCAACCUUCCAGUUACAAGAUGUUUUGCAGGUGUGCGUAGGUAUUUUGUUGACUUGCUUCUGGUACAUAUGACUACGGGAAUGGAAAAAACUUCGUAUAUAAGUUUCCUUCUUUUAGUUCAAAAUACGUGCAGAUUUGUCAUCAUAUGUUUUUUAUGGUUUGAUGACAGUUAUUUUGAAAUGGUGUGUUUUGCCUUUGAAAUAAAGGUAGUCUGUGUAUCAUGGUAUGAACGAAUUGGUUAGUUUGUUUGACUUUUUGUGACCGGCUUUUUGUGCAGUCUUUGUUUAUGAAUGUCGAUCAUGUUUUUCA